AAAAAAAAAAGUCGCAAGAUAAGACGGCCGAACCGAGACGACGCGGGUGGGUUUAGCCUUAGCCACAGUCAAACAUCUUCUUCUGAGUCACACUGACGUUGUCCUGAAGAAAACCAUCUUCUGCUAAUUCUCUUCUGGGGAAGAUGACGACCAUGGAGAGCUUGAUUGGCUUGGUCAACAGAAUUCAGAGGGCUUGUACCGUGCUCGGCGACUAUGGCGGUGGUGACAACAGUUUCUCUUCUCUCUGGGAAGCUCUCCCCUCUGUCGCCGUCGUCGGUGGCCAGAGUUCUGGGAAAUCUUCGGUUCUCGAGAGCAUAGUUGGAAGAGACUUUCUUCCUAGAGGAUCCGGUAUCGUUACGAGACGGCCUUUGGUGUUGCAGCUUCAUAAGACGGAGGAUGGAACAGAGGAGUAUGCUGAAUUCCUUCACCUCCCCGAUAGGAAAUUCACCGACUUCUCAUUGGUUCGAAAGGAGAUUCAGGACGAAACUGACAGAGUCACUGGCAAGACCAAGCAGAUAUCUCCAGUUCCCAUUCACCUCAGCAUCUACUCUCCAAACGUUGUGAAUUUGACCCUCAUUGAUUUACCCGGUUUAACUAAGGUUGCCGUUGAGGGACAGCCGGAAAGUAUUGUUCAGGACAUUGAAGCAAUGGUUCGCUCAUACGUUGAGAAGCCCAACAGUAUAAUACUAGCCAUAUCUCCUGCCAACCAAGACAUCGCCACUUCAGAUGCGAUCAAGCUUGCAAAAGAAGUGGAUUCAACAGGUGAGAGAACAUUUGGUGUUCUGACCAAGUUGGACUUGAUGGACAAGGGAACUAAUGCAUUGGAUGUUCUGGAAGGAAGAGCAUACAGGCUGCAACAUCCAUGGGUCGGGAUAGUGAACCGGUCACAAGCAGAUAUCAAUAAGAAUGUAGAUAUGAUGGUUGCAAGACGGAAGGAACGGGAAUAUUUCGAGACCAGUCCUGACUACGGUCACUUAGCCAACAAAAUGGGUUCAGAAUAUCUGGCAAAGCUGCUCUCCAAGCACUUGGAGACUGUUAUUAGGGCCCGUAUUCCGAGUAUCCUUUCCUUGAUAAACAAAACCAUCGAGGAACUCGAAAGAGAGUUGGACCAUUUGGGUCGGCCUAUCGCCGUUGAUGCUGGGGCGCAAUUAUACACAAUCUUGGAGAUGUGUCGUGCAUUUGAUAAGAUCUUCAAGGAGCAUUUGGAUGGAGGGCGACCUGGAGGUGACCGAAUAUAUGGUGUCUUUGACAACCAGCUUCCUGCUGCUCUGAGGAAACUCCCUUUCGACCGCCAUCUAUCUUUGCAAAAUGUGAAGAGAAUUGUGUCCGAAGCAGAUGGUUACCAGCCUCACUUGAUUGCACCCGAGCAAGGUUAUCGUCGUCUUAUCGAAGGCUCGUUGAACUAUUUCAGAGGUCCAGCCGAAGCUUCUGUUGAUGCUGUUCAUUUUGUCCUGAAAGAGCUUGUGAGGAAGUCGAUCUCAGAAACCGAGGAGCUGAAGCGGUUCCCGCCUCUACAAACCGAGAUAGCUGCAGCAGCAAACACUGCAUUGGAGAAGUUCCGGGACGAAAGCAAGAAGACAGUUGUCCGGCUCGUUGACAUGGAAGCUUCAUAUCUGACUGUCGAGUUCUUCCGGAAACUUCCGCAGGAAAUGGAAAAACCGGGUGGGCCCGGAGGAAACCCUCCUCCCCCUCCGGCCGCCGCCACUUCACCCACCGCCGACCGGUACGGCGAGAGCCAUUUCAGAAGGAUAGCCUCGAAUGUAUCGGCCUACAUCAACAUGGUUUCAGACACGCUUCGUAAGACUAUCCCAAAGGCAGUGGUCUACUGUCAGGUCCGAGAGGCCAAACACUCGUUACUGAACUUCUUCUACUCACAGAUUGGAAAGAGAGAGGGGAAGCAGUUAGGACAGCUACUGGAUGAAGAUCCUGCCUUGAUGGAGAGGAGACUUCAAUGUGCUAAAAGGCUUGAACUUUACAAGAAAGCUCGGGACGAGAUUGAUGCUGUGGCUUGGGCCAGAUGACAAAAUUCGAUGCGAGUGUUGUGGUGAUGAUACUGUGAUUACUGUUUGGUGGUUAGGAUAAGAUUAUCACUGUUCAUGAUAACGUGUUUGUAUUUAUUCAAGACAUUGUGAGACAGUGUCAUGGGGGGAUGAAUCUUGACCUUCUGAAUUCUGAUUGGAUUUCUGUAUUUGAUCUUCAAUGUCUGCUUCUCAUGGCCCUUUAA